GCUAGCGGGAGAGACGGCCGCGCAGGCGCAGUUUCUUCUGGUUGUAGACGCGGCUGCUCGGCCCGGCAGGUAAAUAACAGAUGCGGGUGAAAGAGCCAUCCAAAGCUUUAACUGAGAAAGCCAAAAGAAGUAAAAGACCUACUAUACCUCAUGAUGAAGACUCUUCAGAUGACAUUGCUGUAGGUUUCACUUGCCAACAUGUAAGCCAUGCUAUCAAUGUGAAUCAUGUGAAAAGAGCAAUAACUGAGAAUCUGUGGUCAGUUUGCUCGGAAUGUUUAAAAGAGAGACGAUUCUCUGAUGGACAGCCAGUACUGCUUUCUGAUAUUUGGUUGUGCCUCAAGUGUGGUUUUCAGGGAUGUGGUAAGAACUCAGAAAGCCAGCAUUCAGUGAAGCACUUCAAUAGUUGGAGAGCAGAGCUUCAUUGUAUUAUAAUUAGCCUAAGCACAUGGAUUAUAUGGUGUUAUGAGUGUGAUGAAAAAUUAUCAACACAUUGUAAUAAGAAGGUUUUGGCUCAGAUAGUUGAUUUUCUCCAGAAACAUGUUUCUAAAACACAAACAAAUGCAUUUUCUAGAAUCAUAAAACUUUGUGAAGAAAAAUAUGAAACAGGUGAAAAGAAUAAGGGAAGAAAAAACAGCAAUGUAACAUCUGUAAAAGGAAUUACGAAUUUAGGAAAUACAUGCUUUUUUAAUGCAGUCAUGCAGAAUUUGGCACAGUCUUACAUUCUUACUGAACUGAUGAAUGAGAUCAAAGAACAUGGUGUGAAACUCAGGAUUGUUCCUUCCUUAGACUCUCAACUGGACCCAUUAGUGGUGGAACUUUCAAGCCCUGGACCGUUGACCUCAGCCUUGUUCCUGUUUCUUCACAGCAUGAAGGAGACUGAAAAAGGACCACUUUCUCCUAAAAUUCUUUUUAAUCAGCUUUGUCAGAAGGCCCCUGGAUUUAAAAGUCUCCAGCAGCAGGACAGUCAGGAGCUUCUUCAUUAUCUUCUGGAUGCAGUCAGGACAGAAGAAACAAAGCGAAUACAAGCUGGCAUUCUAAAAGCGUUUAACAACCCAACUACUAAAACUGCUGAUGAUGAAACUAGAAAAAAAGUCAAAGCAUAUGGAAGAGAAGGUGUGAAAAUGAACUUCAUAGAUCGUAUCUUUAUUGGUGAAUUAACUAGCACGGUCAUGUGUGAAGAAUGUGCAAAUAUCUCCACAGUGAAAGAUCCAUUUAUUGAUAUUUCACUUCCUAUAAUAGAAGAGAGGGUUUCAAAACCUGUACUUUUGGGAAGAACGAGUAAAUAUAGAAGCUUACAGGAGACAGAUAAUGGUCAGUACAGUGGCUCUGUUACUGUAGAAAAUACUCAGCAACCCAAAGCCACCAAGAAGCAUUCUCCAUCUAAAGAUAUGAAUCAACUAAUUCAUGGCAGAAAAUGUAUAAGAAAAUUGUCAUCUGGAGAGGAUAAGGCUGCUGUCAUGUACCAGAAAAACGAAAACCUUGAAACGGAUGGAGGCUCUUCAUUGUUUGCAAGCGUCAGGAGCACUGAGUCCACUCUGACUGAAAGCCCUACCGAUGGCAGUGAAAAAGAAGCCAGCCUUUCUGACAGCAGUGUUGAUGCUGACAGUGAGGCUUCAGAGUCUGAAAGUGCCCCUAAACAGACUUUGUUGUUGAGAUCCGGCAACAGCUACUGUGUGCACACAAAUGGACACCUUCGCCACCCAUCAGAAACUGAACCACCCGCCAGGGAGAGUGACAGUGGUGAUGGCGGAGUGGCUCAAGCUGUUUCUGAACUUCGUUUGAGCAGCACUGUAACUGGAGAUGGGGAUUUUGACCGAGAAAAUCCACCACUAAAUGUUUCAAAUAAUUUAUGUUUUUCAGAGAAUAAGCAAAUGGUGCCUCAAGGCCCCCAAAAUGCUUUUCAGACCCUUUCUCAGAGUUAUAUAACCACUUCUAAAGAAUGUUCAAUUCAAUCCUGUCUCUAUCAGUUUACGUCUAUGGAAUUACUAAUGGGGAAUAACAAACUUCUGUGUGAGCACUGUACUGAAAAGAAACAGAAGUACCAAAAGGAAACCAGUUCUGCAGAAAAGAAAGCAGAAGGGGUUUAUACAAAUGCCAGGAAGCAACUGCUCAUUUCUGCUGUUCCAGCUAUCCUAAUUCUCCAUCUUAAAAGAUUUCAUCAGGCUGGCUUGAGUCUUCGCAAAGUAAACAGACAUGUGGAUUUUCCGCUUAUGCUUGAUUUAGCACCAUUCUGUUCUGCCACUUGUAAGAAUGUAUGUGUGGGUGAUAAAGUUCUCUAUGGUCUCUAUGGCGUAGUAGAACACAGUGGCUCAAUGAGAGGAGGUCACUACACUGCUUAUGUGAAAGUGAGAACACCCUCCAGGAAAUUAUUGGAACAUAUCACUGGAAAGAAAAAUAUACCAGGUUUGAAAGAACCUGAUAGUGAAUCAGCAGGCCAGUGGGUCCAUGUUAGUGACACUUACGUGCAGGUGGUUCCAGAAUCAAGAGCACUAAGUGCACAAGCGUACCUUCUUUUUUAUGAAAGAAUAUUCUAAUUAUCUGUUAAUUAUUAAUGGCAAUGAUUAUUUAGAUCACUUUUAUUUAAAUGCUGCAAUGAUAACCAUAAUAUGCAAUGUGCCUUUCUUUGUAGUCUUUUUCUCUUCUGUAUGUAUAGCAUAUCCCUCAACUGCUCCUGAACAUUCUUAUCAUCUGGUGUAUCCUUUUUUAAAAAAAAAAAUCAGAUUUACUAAAUGCUUUCAAAAUUAUAUUCUUAAAAUAAAGCUAAACAUGUAUUUUUUAAAAAAUAUUUAUCCUUGAAAAAACCUAGAAUUUACAGUACUAGAGGAAACCCUUUUAUGAUGUGGCUUAUCACAAGCAUUCAGAAAUGAUGCUGGCUAAAUCAAAUCGUUCCUUAAAACAGUCACAUCCCACCUUUCUGUUCUCAUGUGUAUGUGUGUAUACACACACACACACACACACACACACAUAUAGA